GACACAAACGAGCGACGGUCUUCUUCGUAUGAUUUCCGAUCUCUUCGAUUGUCUUCACGGUCUUCACUGUUGGCUAUUGCUAUGAAAAUAUCUGAUCUGGUCAGCUCUUUGGUUAAUGCAUCCGAAAAAGCUGCAACGAUUGCAAGAACUGUGCGAUCUGAGCAUGCACUGUUCCAACUGUUAGUCGAAGAGAAAGAAGGUGACCAGAAAAACAAACGGUUUUUUAAGGAUUUUAAAACGCUGGGGGAUGUCUUAAUUCAGGAGGUAGUGCGACAUGACGUUGGCAAUCAGUUUUCGGGUCUUGCGCACCACAUCUUGGGCGAGGAGAGCAACCAUUUCACGAAUGUCCUCGGAGAUACUAUAGAGGUCGCUGUUCAACCAUCGCAAGAACAGACGUCUGCCCUCUUGGCAAAAGUUUUGGAUGGCCAAGGCGAUGCAGCUUCCUUGCUGGCCAAGGUUGUCCAUGAAAAUGUCAAGGUGGCGCCACAUGUCAAACUUGCGACCCUGGAGGCCGAGAUUCCAACUGAAAAGGUCGGAGUAUGGAUAGAUCCAAUCGAUUCCACCUAUCAGUACAUAAGCGGCAAAGAGGGGACGACAGAUACUCACAACAUAAUCAACAAGGGCCUUCCAUGCGUGACAGUACUCAUCGGAGCGUUCGAUCGACAAACGGGUAAACCAAUCGUUGGCGUCAUCAAUCAGCCAUUCGUGACUCUGGAUGAAGUAAACAGCAGCUGGACUGGUGAACAUAUCUGGGGCGUCAGUUACGAUGGUUGCAACCUCAUCUCAUCCGAACCCGAGCCUGACAUACCAAAUGUGAUAAUAACCAGCACGAGUGAAAAGAGUCGGAUAAGGGACACUCUUGCCAAGGAAUAUCAGAUAUCAUACUCAGCAGGUGCAGGUUUCAAGAGUUUGUGUGUGGUGAAGCAUCAGGGCUGCGCUUAUAUCCUAUCACCUCCGACGACCUUCAAAUGGGACACAUGCGCCCCGCAGGCAAUCUUAAGCGCUCUCGGCGGCGGCAUCGUUAACUAUCAAGAUGGUCUUAAACUAGUCAAGGAAUCGGCAAAUAUAUCGGACGACGAUCUCACAGAAGAAUUAUCGAAAUUGCAGAUUAGGUAUGAUCGACCGGAUGCGUCGGCCGCGGGCACUGGGCAACCGUGGUGUAAUACUGGCGGUCUCCUCGCUUACACACAAUCAAAAGAUUUGCUGGCCAUCUUACGCUUAUUACUUUAAUGCUCAGUAAUUUAAUUUGUCUGUAACAAUAGUCAUUUUGGGUUUUCUUCUAAAUUAGAUCAGUUAUAGACAGGAUUCGUUGGUUACAUCAACCUGCUACAACUGUGGUAGUUUUAGUACACUGAUGUCUACUCCAACUGUGGUAGUUUUUAGUGUACUGAUUUUGAACUACAACUGUGGUAGUUUUAGUACAUUGAUGUCUACUACAACUGUGGUAGUUUUUAGUGUACUGAUUUUGAACUACAACUGUGGCAGUUUUUAGCGUACUGAUUUUGAACUACAACUGUGGCAGUUUUAGUACAUUGAUGUUCUGCUUCAAUUGUCUGUGGGAGUUUUAGUACAUUGAUGUUUUAGAAAUUCUAACACACAUCGUUAUGACAUCUGUUAACGUCAUUUUCAGCCUGCUCCCUCCAUUUUUGUACGAGGAACAAAUAAUCUACUUAUUGUCAACUUUUGUGUCCUGUCUAAAAAUCGUACCAAAAAUAUUUUGGCGAUAGUUUGAAGGAACAUAUGAGGCAAUAUUGUGAGUGACCUGGUCUAGUCUGGUCUAGUCUGGUUUUGUCGGGAAUUUAAAUGGCCCUAUUGACCAAUACCAGAAGUAUAUAAACAUACACAUAUAUGUAUAUGUUGAUAUUGCAUUUGAUCUAUUUAAAAUAUAAAUAAAUUAUCUGUAUUUCUCAUGUGAUAUUGUUAAAUUGAUGUUAGGUUCAUGUGGUGGCUAAUUAGACUUGGAAACACAAGGGUAACAGCUCGUCUACCCUUCUUUAGCACCUUUGUAAAUAUUAUGUCUGCAUUAUUUUGGGCUCUGUAGGGCGAACUUCUGGUCAGAUUUCUUUGAAGUUGGGUUUUUUUAUUAGUCAACCCAAUCUCAAAUAUUUUUUCUUAUUAUUGCGUUGUGAUAGAGAACCUACUCUCGUGUAAUGCUAUAUACAAUUCUGUCCGUCUGUACUAUCAAGUAUGGCUUAAAGAUUACUCUAUACCUUGUACUCUUUAUAUUCUGUUUAUUAUUGAAGUAUUUAUUAAAGAUGAUCUGCAGAAGGCUGUGGUUUUCAAUAGCAUUCCGCGAUGAUGAGGUCACUGCAGCUGCUGCCUUCUAUUUCCCCAUCGCUGAAUUACAGGCAAUGUCGGACAAACAUGCGGUUUUGUAAUGGAUUCAGGCUUUCUAACUAGGGCAGUUAGAUUCAAUCUGGCACAUGUCCGAGUGUUGGAAAUACUACAUAAUUGUUCUGAAUAUUUCUCUCUCUGACUCUAUGGUAUCAUUCAUGCUAAAAACAAUGCAGGGUCAAAGAUAAUUGACUUUGAAAUAAGCUCAAAUGCGUAGAAAUAAGUGUCGAUGUCCGACUGUCACAUGACUAAAACGUCAUCAAUAUCUUAUGCAAAUGACCUAGUGAGCUAUAAAUAGUAACUUCGCGGAAUGCUAUUCAUUUUUGAAGGCCUAAGCCGUUAGUUAAAAAUAUGAAAUCUAAAAUUGAAUUUGAAAAUUUCCAAUUGUGUCAAUACAUACUGAAUAUGAAUUUCAACAUUUUCAUUUUGUAGACAGAUAUACGUUUCAGUAAAGUUGUAUGCAUGGUAUCUCCAUCAGGCAUUGUGUAUAACUGCAUUUCUAUUUUCCUGACCUACGAUUAAAUACAAACAGUGUACCCCUUAAAACAGGGACUCCGCCAUUGUGAUUUUCUUAGGGUAUGCCGUUGUGAUAGAUGUGGUCCAUCCUAUUUCUGGUCACCGUAGAGUUUGACCUCUGUAAUCAGGUCACCCCUCUUUUAAGGACAGCGUAUGUCAGUCCCAAGGGUGUACUUAAUUGAGAGGUUCAAUGUAUAUCCUGUAGGACCAGAAGCUGCAAAUGAUAAAGAUCAAAAUUUCAUCAUGUACCUACUGGCAUCACAAGUUUGAACGGGUUGGUGAAUGUAAGUCAAGUUGAAAAAUACUCAUUCAGUAACUCCAACACAUUAUUGUUGGUCAUCACAAAUUGUUUAUUAAAUUGUAUUUAUUUAGAGAUAUAUAAAUAUCGUAUU